AGGCAUCGUAUAGGACACCUCCCGCUAACAGGCACUGCUUUAAGCCCCCGGCAACCUACCGUCUAAUUUAUCGGACGUUAAAUCCUUUCCCACGACGGUUAACGGAAAACUGAACCGAAUAAUUAGGUCGGGAUGGCAGAAGUGAAGGUGAAGAAGGAGACGAACCUUUCGGAACCGGUAGAGAUAGAGAACAGAAUCAAAGAGCUGUGUCAUCAGUUUCCUCAAGGAAUCACGGAUCAGGUGAUCCAGAACGACAUGCCUCAGCUGGAGCCUCAGCAGAGAGCCGUGGCCAUCAACAAGCUGCUGUCUCUGGGUCAGCUGGACCUACUGAGAAACGCUUCUGGGCUCCUGUACCGGCUGAAAGACACUCAGAAUGCCAGUAAGAUGAAAGGUUCUGACAACCAGGAGAAACUGGUCUAUCAGAUCAUCGAAGAUGCAGGAAACAAAGGAAUCUGGAGCAGAGACAUCCGCUUCAAGAGCAACCUUCCUCUGACCGAGAUCAACAAGAUCCUGAAGAACCUGGAGAGCAAAAAACUCAUUAAAGCUGUCAAGUCUGUGGCUGCGUCCAAAAAGAAGGUGUACAUGCUGUACAAUCUGCAGCCGGACCGCUCGGUGACGGGCGGCGCCUGGUACAGCGACCAGGACUUUGAGUCAGAGUUCGUGGAGGUUCUGAACCAGCAGUGCUUCAAGUUCCUGCAGAGUAAGGCAGAGGCGGCGAGGGACGGGAAGCAGAGUCCAAUGGUCCAGAGGAACAGUUCGUUUGCCACCUCCCACGAGGUGUGGAAGUACAUCUGUGAGCUGGGAAUCAGUAAGGUGGACCUGUCCAUGGACGAUAUCGAGACCAUCCUGAACACGCUGAUCUAUGACGGGAAGGUGGAGAUGACGGUAAUCGCAGCAAAGGAGGGGACAGUGGGAAGCGUGGAUGGACAGAUGAAGCUUUACCGGGGGGUCAACGCUAUCCUGCAGCCCACUGGCCUUGUCAAGACGCCCUGUGGACUUUGCCCGGUGUUCCACGACUGCCACGAAGGAGGAGAGAUCUCCCCAUCCAGCUGCGUCUACAUGAGCGAGUGGCUGGACUUCUGAUGAAGGCUGGAGGCGGGACCAGAGAGGGAGGGGCCAUGGCUCGACUUGUGAAGACUGGUGGAGGGAGGGGUCACGCUGGUUGAGCCAGCUCUCCAGACUUUAGCAUGGACCACUGCUGGGAUGAGCGUGAUCUGCAGAGUUCCAUCAGUUCUCAGGUUCCUGUGAUAAAACACGGAGCAGAGUUCCUGAUUCUGAGCUGCAGGAACAAACUGAACAUCUGAGAUCAGCAGGAGCGUUUCCCUGAUGGGCCAUCUUCAGACUGAACCAUGGAUCGAUGUGUUUGUUCCAAUCAGCUCCCAGUUUUCCAUCAGAGCUCGUUCCGGAGCUCCAUCAGGCUGUAAUGGACUGUCUGCUGAUGGUCAGCAUGGAUCUUCUUACACAACAUCAUGUUUCAUCGACCUGACAGGAAGUCUCUCAUCAUUAAUGAAGAAAAGCAAAGACAGAGGACGUUUCAGUACAUGUUAUGAAGGAAUUGGACACAGAGGAACCAAUUUAAACCGGGUCUUCAGGCCCAGUUUGUUCCUAUUUGUUGGGUGGGAUCCAUGGAAAAUCCCACAGAAUGGAGACAAGGAACCAGAAUUUUAGGUUCUGUGCUGCUGGUGUUUUAGUUUGUCAAACCUGCAGAGGUGUCUGGGGUUGGGGUUUACCAGCUGCACAGUUUGGUUCUGUUCUGAUGACUGAAAUCAUUCAGGUGGUCCAGUUUGAUUAGAACGGAUGUUUUACUGACUGAAGGUAACAUUAAAACAUGAUUUAAACUAAA